UUUUAGAAUUAAAAUGAGUUUAGAACCGAUAAAGGGACUGGGUGCUAGCACAACAUUAUCAGAAUUAGAGCAAACCUAUGAUGAAUGGUCUGGUAAGUAUGAAGAGGAUAUGCAGCGUAUUGGAUAUCCGGGCCCAGCAAAUGCAGCAAGAUUACUUAGGAACCUGUGUCCUGAUCCUUCAACGGUAAAAGUUCUAGAUAUGGCGGCAGGAACCGGAAUGGUUGGACUUGAGUUAAAAAGGGUUGGGUUUAAUACAAUUCAUGCAUCAGAUAUGUCAGUCGAGAUUAUAAAGAGAGCAGAGGAUAAGGGCGUGUAUAAGAGAAUUUUUCGCUGUGUGAUGGGAGAAGAAAGAUUGAACGCGGAAGACGACUUUUACUUUGGUAUAACGAUUGUGGGCUGCUUUAGUAUUCCAGUUAAAGUCGCCAUUUUCGAGGAAUUGAACCGGGUUCUUCAACCUGGCGGAUAUCUGGUUGCAAGCUUUCGACCAAACACGUGGGGAGAAGACGACAUUUAUGGUUACAAGGCGGCACUCAAUCAAUCAACAAAAUGGCGGCUUGUAUCGGAUGAUCUGCUGGACUUUCACGGAAGCUUGAAUCGGGAUGAAAACCAUGAGUUCUACUCAAAAUGGAAUUUUGUUGUUUAUCAAAAAAUUUAAACUUAUGCAGAUUUAAUUUGAAAGGAUUUUUUUAUUUACAAUUAUAGUGCAUGAAGCAAAACUUAGUUGCUCCAAAUUCUUAAUUUUUACAAUUUUACUUAAGAUAAGGUUUCCAAAAUUGUUAGAAUGAAUCCUGAGUAAAAAUUUUAAUUUCCCGAAAAAGUAGUUGCACACAAUUUUAUCUUCUUCUGAGAUUGUGUCAUCUCAUUAUAUUUUAUCACCAUUCUUAUUAAUUCCCAAGCUGAAGUGUUCACAGAAAUUUUCAGACCAAACGGUCCAGCUGUUUGGCCGGCUAUACGCAACAUAUUUAUAUACGAAUGUCUUGUUUUAUUUUAUAGAUUUUAAAAAUGUUCUCAUAUUUUACUGUUUAAUUUUGUACUUAGGUAUUCUGUCUGCAUUAAAUCUAUAGAUUUUGA